GUGAGUGUCUCACAUCCAUCAAGACGUCAGUCCCAUGAAGAGAGAGUUAACCAGUGAUGAAUAGCUCCUUGUCUGAGAGCUUCGAAUACAACUUCGACUAUGAAGAUGAAGUUUGUGAAAAAGCCGAGGUGGUCAGAUUUGGAUCCAUUGUCACUCCGAUUUUCUUCUCCAUUGUUAUCACAUUGAGCCUGACAGGAAACAUCCUUGUUCUUGUAAUCCUCGCUUUGUAUGAAAAUCUUAAAUCUCUAACCAAUGUCUUCAUCCUCAAUCUGGCCAUCUCUGACCUUGUCUUCACUACUGGUCUCCCAUACUGGGCCAUUUACCACAUCUGGGGAUGGCUGUUUUCAGAGACUCUCUGCAAAGUUGUGUCUUUUGUCUUUUUCACUGGAUUUUACAGCAGCAUCCUCUUCCUGACGAUCAUGACCAUCUACAGGUAUCUGAGUGUGGUCCACCCUCUAUCUGACAUGAGAGCUCCAAAGCUCAGCACUGGGAUUUUUUUGUCUUUCCUAACGUGGGCAAUCAGCAUUGCAGCAGCCAUGCCCUCGCUGCUUUUCAGCUCCCUCAUCUCGAUCCACCAUAAGGAGGAGCACUCCAUGGGUUGUGAAUGCAACACAACACUGUGGAAAACCGUUGGCAUCUUCCAGCAGAACAUUUUCUUCUUGGUUGCGUUUGCAGUGAUGGCUUUCUGCUACAUUCAAAUCCUCCAGAGAAUCACAAGAGCAAGGUCCCACACGAAGAACAGAGCAGUCAAGUUAAUUUUCUGUAUUGUAGCUGUGUUCUUUGUUGGCUGGGUUCCCUACAACGUGGUGAUCUUUUUGAGGGUUUUGGCUCACUCGACUUUGGUCGAAUGGUCUAAAGACUGUAAUAUCAGUGUCCAACUUGACUAUGCGUUCUAUGUGUGCCGGCUCAUUGCCUUCUCCCACUGCUGCUUGAACCCCGUCUUUUAUGCAUUUGUUGGCGUGAAGUUUAGGAGCCAUUUUAAGUCAAUUCUGCAUCGACUGUUCAGGCGGCAACCUCCAGCUGAGGAACAACAGGUCAGAUUGCAAAACCUCAUCUCACAAGGGUCUAUGUACUAGAUACACACACACACACACAAACAAACACACACACA